GUGUUUUGCGUGUCUCUCAGUGCUGCUGCUGUGGAGGGAGUGUGUGUCUCUGUGGAGGCGGGCACUGAGCCGUGCGUGAUUCACAAACCUUAUUUGUUCCUACUACUUUGAGCGCCAUCUUGUUUGUAACUCUUCUACGUAAAGUGGUAGAGUUUCUACUGAGGGGGGAUCCGAUUACCCUGUUUCUCCAGCGUUAGCUCUGGAAACCUCUCUCUCUCUCUCUCUGUAGUGCUCAGGCGCAUUUUGCUUCUGCAUCGCCUCUCUUCAUAAACAUCUAAGCCACGGUGUGUUGUUAUAAAGUGGACAGAGAUGAGCAUCGAAACGCUCCUGGAAGCAGCCAAGUUCUUGGAAUUGCAAGCCCAGCAACAACAGAAAGCACGUGAGGAUGAACUAAAGGAAAAGCAGCGUCUGGAUCAGUUGGCAGAGCAGAGGCACUCUGAUGUGAACUAUAACUCAACAAUCCACAUCAACAAUGUUUCUAAAGCGGCGGAGCUGCGCCCUGAGUGCCGCCCGGUGCCCAUCCCGCCCUCUCUGCCUCCCCCCCCCAUGCCCAUCACCGUCAUCCCCAUCCCAGUGGUCACCCCGAACCCUACAGGCUCGCCCAUCCUGCCUGUCGCCACGCUCUCCCCUCCAGCUGCUCCGCCGCCUGCCGCCACUCUGCCACGCUCUCCACAACCCAAACCCGACCACCCGACCUCUGUGCUGACCGCCAACCACAAACAGCUGAUACAGAACCACCACCAUCACCACCCGCAGCUCAUCGGCCAAACUAGCAAUGCUAAAGUACAGCAGCAGAUACACCAGCAGCUGGCUCAACGCUACCCUGGUUCCAUCGUCUCGCCCCCCCAGCAACUCGCCUUACUCCCUCAGUCGGGCCCUGUGGUCCAGCAGGGUCCCCUACAGAACGGCCCCAUCAGCCGGGGGAGUCCUCCUGAUGACCGCCAGCUAGACAAGAAGAGGCCUGGAGGGGCAGGCACAAGAGAAGUGCAUAACAAGCUUGAGAAAAACAGACGAGCACACUUGAAGGAGUGCUUUGAGACGCUGAAAAAGAACAUCCCCAACAUCGACGAGAAGAAGACCUCCAAUCUGAGUGUGCUGAGAAGUGCGCUGAGAUACAUUCAGACGUUGAAGAGAAAAGAGAAGGAGUACGAGCACGACAUGGAGCGACUGGCCAGAGAGAAGAUAGCCACACAGCAGCGAUUAACAGAGCUAAAGAACGAGCUGAGCCAGUGGAUGGAUGUGAUUGAGAUCGAUCGCGUCCUCCGACAGACAGUACAGCCAGAGGAGGACCAGGCCUCCACCUCAACUGCCUCAGAAGGUGAAGACGUUAUGGAUGAUGACCUGGAAGAUGAGCCUGCGCUGAGAGCACAGACUGCCUUACCCACCGUGCCUCAAACCAUGAAACCUGAGCUGCACAAGACUGCAACGCCCACUCAGACCCCGAUCCUGACACCCACCACUACCUCCUUCAUCACCCAACACAUCUCUGUACAGCACAAAGUCCCUCUGCAACAGCCUCAGCUCCAGCCGCUGACAAUGACUCCUGUGUCCAGGCCUGCAGCCCCACCUGCACUCGCGACAUCCAGCACUCCCAUCUGCCAUAGUCAGACCUUGAUCCCCACCCAGACGCAGAUGGUGACCGCGCCCAGCCUACACCCCACAGUUAUUGCCCACGCUUCAGUGUCCCAUCCCUCAGUCAUCCAGGCUGUCAACCACGUCAUCCAGGGAGGGGGUCCCAAGCAUAUUGCCCACCUGGCUCCCUCCACCGCCACCGGCACUGUCCAGUUAGCCCCCGGCCACCAACCCAUCGGUCACAUCACCGUUCACCCGGUGGCUCACCUGAGCCAGCAUCUCCCCGGCCUCUAUCCCCAACCGGUGGCGGUCACACAGUCGGCUGUGGUCGGUCACAUCACCCACACCCUGAACCACGCUCACCCUCGCAUGAACGGCACUGCGACCGGCCAACCGAAUGCCACCAUCGUUGGCAAGCAGACAGCAGUGAGCGCCCAAAUGGUGGCCCACCACCCGCAGCUGGUGGGUCAGACAGUGCUCAACCCUGUGACAAUGGUGACCAUGCCCUCCUUCCCCAUCAGCACUCUGAAGUUGGCCUGAACGCUGCCAACAGGACCACCAGGCUGGGAGACAGAGACGCCCCUCCAUAGGGGACAACCACAGGCCUCAGACCGGGCCGCCGACAAGUGAGGGCAUGGGAGAGUUGCUUGACACCUCGCUGAUCCACAGAGUUCCACUAUCAUUCAGAAGCAUUACAGCUGAUAUAUAAAGCCGGGAACAUUCCUACAGAAAAACCUCUUUCAAUACAAGUCCACCACAGUGUCCUGGAUUCUUGAUCCUGAAUUAAGGAUGUGGUUGAUGGUCAUCAUGUCGAGUGUGUGUGUGUGGCGUUAUACGGUGGGCAGAUGUUUAGACCCUCACUUGUCAUCCGUUGUUACAGAUAAUGGAGCAGAAGUAAUUUUCACAUGAGUUUUACAGCUACAUCGAGGAAAAUGUUGCGCUGCCAGUACAGUGUCCAGGUAAGCACCGUGUUACAGUGUACAUGUAGGUUACUGGCUGGUGGCUAGACUCCCCGCUAUCACUGUGACUGCUGUGGAUUAACCAACAGUAGAUCAUGUACACAAGAGGCUACAUCGGGCUUCGAGGGCUGUGACAGUGUAGGAUCAGACUGCUAGACCCGCCAUAACCAGCACAUUGGGAAUGUGAUUUAGAGGAACUCCUCCUCUCCAGCAGAGGCACAUGCUUCAGGGCUGCAGCAAAAUCACGGACUGAACUACAGCUCCUGAACAGAAGCUGCAGUCCUCAGUGACGGUGCGUAAAGCAAUAGCACCCACUGCUGGCUGAUUGCGUUCAAUGUACUACUACCAUCCCUGUGACAAUGAAAGAAAACCUUCCAGUGAAGUAUAAUGCGGAUGGAUAGCGUUCAAACAACGGCCACUUCAAGUAAAAGAAUAUGCAGUUUUGUCAGGGUUUAGUGUUGGUCACUUAAAUUGUUACUUACAUCUCUAGCAUUUGUCCUUCAAACUUACUGGCGACUGUUCACUGAGCACAACUUUUAGGAUGAAAUCAAAGCAGCUAAUAUAUUAAAUAUUUUCGCCAAAUAGAAUCUGUUCUACAUGCCCCCUAAAUGUAAAUGCAACACAGUCGUGUGCUUAAAUACAAAACGCGUGAGAUACAAACUCAGAUGCUACGAAGCGAGGAAGAUGAAUGUGAAUAGAUAAAAAAAAAGGUCCAUAAAAUGUAGUAAAGUGUGUUUCUAUGCUGUCUUGCAGGGCAAAUGGUAGUAGGAUGUGUGUUUGCAUGCUGUGAAUGCAUGCCAGGACUGUGUUAAUUAGUAAUCUUGAAAGCGAGGAGCCAUAGCGGUGCCGUCUGUUGUGCUUUGCGGACUUCGACAAGUUACAGUUGAAAAAAGUUGGGUCAUCCAUAACAGGUUGGGAUCGGUAUGAAGUGGUUUCAACAGCUGACACAAAUCCAAUCGAUGUGUUUCAAGACUAUCCUUUUCCAAAGCUAGCACUGUGAACAUUUAAAUUAGUCUCAAUGAGCAGCAGUUUAGCGUAGCACUUGCUAGAGCAGCAACAUGCUGUGCUCUCCUUAUUUAAUCUGAAUGUACUGAUCUGUGAAAGGAUGUGGAGUAGCGAGCACCCCCCUCACCACCCCCCUUUUUUUAAAAAGAAAAAUAUGAUUACUUUAUUAAAGUAUCACGUGUAUGUAAAGUGUAACAUUUAAUACUGAUUUUUUUAUUUUAAGAUUUACUGUUGCUUGUUUCAUCUGGAGACAUUUUAACUGUUCAGUGUAAAUUUGAUAAUUGUUUUUUCUGGGACCAUGUACAGUGCUGUAUAUCAGGGGGUGACAAAUACAGACCUUUUCCCACCUUGAUAUCACAUUCGGAAUUUACCCCCAUAAUUGUUUUUUGUUCUGAUGCAAUAUGAUUAAAGCAGGGACUCUUAAUUUUGUUUUUAACUAAUUAAUUGCAAAAAUAAGGUAACUUUUUUCACCGUCAUAUUUUAUGCAUAUUAUCCUGAACAAAUCCUAAUGAAAUCAUAUUGGAGCAAAACAAAAUGUUAAAUUGAACACGGAUUCAGAUACCUGAAGAAGCAACAAUAUUUGUGUUUUCCCUAUGGAGAAAGUUUAAGUUGUAUAUAGCCUGUAAAUGUUGGGCUGCAUUUAAAUCUAACUGUAUUAUGUAAAAAGCUGGGGAAAAUAUGUAAAAUUGAAAAUUUAUAAAAAAGAUACUUAAUAAAUUGUAUUAUGUUUACAACUA